UCGAUUAGACGUAAUUCGAUUUUAGAAAUGCUCGGACGUUUUUCUGUAUACAUUUGGAAUAUUUUAACUGUCUGCACUCGUAUGUAAAUUAAAUACGUCGCAAUGAACGCAAAGAAAAGUAAAAAUAAGAGCCGUGUCAAAACCGCGAAUGUUGUACCGGAGCAAAAUGUAACUAGUGAAAUAAGUGAUAAACAUGAAGUGACGAAAGAAGAAAAAUGUGAUAAUAAAGAAAGUGUUGAAAUUAUUACGUGUGAAAAUGUACCGCAAACGGAACAAAAUAUUACCACUGGCGAUACACCUGUGAAGCCGAAAAGAAAGAAGGGUAAAAAGAAAAAGCAGGAUGAAUCAAUUGUCGAGCAAAAGAUACCUGAUGACCCACUAAAUUCUACUGAUAAUACUUUAAAUGUAACUGAGCCUUCAAUGGAAAUAAGUAGUGAUGUGGAAAAUCAAACGAAACCAAUAACAGCUAGUCGCAAAAAGAAAAACAAAAAGAAACAAGGUGAAAAAUUUGUUGCAGAGGAUAAUGCUGUAAAGACAGAAAAUGAAGUAAAUAUUGAAAUAUCAACUAAAAGCGAUCCAAUCCCCCAGACGCCGGAAAGUACACCAAAAAAGAAACAUAAGAAAAAGAAGCAUCUGCCUGAUUCCACAAAAACUGAAGACGUCGCAUGUAUUUCUGCUUUUCAACAGUUAUUGGAACCCGGUGAUUCACACGAUGAAACAGUAAGACCUGAUUCACAAAACAAUGAUAGUCUACCAGAAGUUGUUAUAGAUGAAUGUGAGGCGAAAAUAGAAGCUAUUCAACCUGCAAAAAAUAAAAAGAAAAAUAAAAAACACAGAAAACAUUCACCCUCGGUAGUAGAACAUGACGAGGAAAAGAAACAAGCACAAGAAGAAUCUAUAGAGUUAUUGCAGGAAAUGUCUGAACAAAAACCUACAGUUGAAACGAGUGAAGUGUCUAAGGAAGCAAGUCCUAAACCAAAAGCAAAGAUAGCUAAGCCUGUAGAUAAAAAAGCUAAGAACAAGAAUAUAAAAUUAACUAGUAAUGUUGAUAAUAAUUCAACACCUGAAGAUGCUAAAAUUGAUCAAAGCUCUCUUCCUGUUAUUGAAAGUAUAAAUCAAGAAGAUAAUAUUCUAGUAAGAGAUAAAGAUGAGAGUGCAAAAAUAACUGAUAAUAUAAAAAAGACGGAACACCCACUAAAAAACGUGAUCAUUGGCAUAGAUCAUGCUCAUGCAGAAAAAGAAAAAUGUAAAAAUAUUUUAAAUGUAGCAAAAAACACAGAAUCUACUCAUACAGCUCCACAAACUGAACAGGAACAAAUAAAAGAGUCAGAAAAUACAUCAUUUACAGAGGUACGACCAUCUAGAAAGAAGAAAAGAUCUGCAAAAUCAAUCUCAGAUCAAAGCGACGGUGAAAAGGCACCUAGCGUUAUUAUAGAUGUCACGCCACAAAAUGAAACAAAACCUGAGCAACUGGAAGAUGCAAAUAUUACACCCGAUUUCAUCCACUACCCUCGUUCAAGUAGUCAGCUACAGUUUGAUAAUAAUAAUAAUACGGUAAUUCAAGAAAUUCAUUCUCCAGAUGAAGUUAGACUCGGGAUUCCAAUUUUCAUGUCAAUACCAGUUGUUCAAGGAUCAGGCGAAUCUCCGGAAGUUAGGUCUCAAAUGGAUCCUCUGGAUGUAGAAGUAACUGAAUUAAAAAUUAGUGAACUGAAAAAAGAAGAUAUAAAUGUAACCAUCUCACCUGAAACAGAUAACGAAACACAUGUGAUGGAGGAGUUAAAAUUAUCUAUUGAAAAAUCAUUAGCUGAGUUAACAGCUAUUGAGAAGGCUGACACAGAAGCUGAAAAACAGUUAGUAGACAUUAAACAAGAAAUUUUACAUAGUCCAGUUAACUCUCCUAUCGAAAGCACUUCAGUUACACCAGUCAAUGAUGAUUUAAAAAAUGUUGAUAUACCAAAAGAAGACGUUCCAGAAAGUCCUUGCGCACCUCCGGUAUGUCCUACAAGAAAAGAUAAGAAAGGAAAAUCAAAGAAAAAAGGAAAAAAGGAUACGUCUGAACAGGCGCCUAGCACAACAAAUAUUUGCUCAAGUAGUAGUACGACUGAGAAAAAUAAAGACAGCCAAGAUACAACUUCCAAGGAUAAAGGUACUAAAUCCGAAAACACACAGAAGAAGGAGAAACAGCAAUCUACUACAAAUACCGAUGAAACUGAAAUGCGACCAGAUUCCUCUUCUGCAUUUGAAGUACAUUAUGAGCCAAUUGAAAAUUUUGAAGACGCUUUGACAUCAAGCAACGAGGAUAUUAACAAAACGUUUGAAAUGAUUGCCAAGGAAGUGUAUGAAGACGUAGAAACAACAAAACCAAUACAACCAAAUCCAGAAAUAAGUAUAACUGAACCAGAAGAAGAUAGAAAAGAAGAAAUGGCCAAAGAACAUCCUGUGUCGCAGCCAAAAAACUUAUUAGGCCAACCCAACAUUCCUGUAUCAUCGAAUAAGGAUGAUUACAAAAAAGAAAAAGAUAAACCGCCGAAUAGCAUGCAAGCGAAAGUUAAAAUUAAGGAUUGUGUUGAUAUAGAAAGAACAAAUAAACGAUCGAAAGAAUCACAAACGACACACAAUAAGUCGAAACAAAAUCCUGAUAUAUAUAAAAUAAAUGAAAACGACGAUUUUGUAUAUGAAUACAGCUUUCGAAAAGUGUUUCUACCGAAUAUUUGUCACGUUUGCAAUAAAGUUUUGACCAAGAGACUGACCUGCACGUUCUGUAACCUAAUUUUUUACUGUAGCCAAAAGCACAAGGAUGAAGAUUGGCCCAAACACCAAUCUAUGUGUUUCGCAAUUUGUACUAUAGCCCACUUGAAAGAGCAAAAGUUCAUCUACGAGGCUGCGAAAAACAUCACUGGCCAAGAUUAUAGACUGCUUAGGAUGCAAAUGAUUAUGUCUUCCGAGAAAAUGCUUAAACGAAAGUUGCAUCCGUGGGAGCAAGAAGCCUUACUUUACCCUCGGAUCUGUGCUAAUGCUGCUUGCAGAGAGUGGAGGCAGGGUCACUUGACGGAUUGUUCUGGAUGUGGACAGGUGGCAUUUUGUACCGGUCACCCAGAACAUAUGCCAGCUGCCCAUCAAAAGUGGUGCAAGUCAUAUGCCCUUUACCAGAAACUGGUGCUGUACCAACAGACCAAGGGUAGACUGGAGCCCUGCCUGCCCAGUAAGGUGAUGACAGAAAGCUUUGUCAUACCGGAGAAGAUUAAUGAAGUGUUGGCCUCUUUGUAUGAGGAACGAAUUGAAAUGGACGAUGUUCAAUAUGCAACGCUUACCCAGAUAGCUUCGGCACCUCUCACAGCCGCGUACAGCUAUCAAAUAUCUAGAAAAGCUGCUAAUGGAUUGACUAAGGUAAGUUUAAUUCUAUAUAAAUAGAUUCUAGGGCUUUGUAGGGCUCUUAGGGUUAGUUUCACAAGAAAACAUCUAUAUAUAGACACACCCACUCUUAUAUAAAUAAAUCUAUGUAUUGAUACGUAGUGGUGAGUUCGUGAUCGCUUUCCGUCGGGCGAACCAUCAGCUCAUUUGCUCGCUAUGGCAAGAGAAGGUAUGUCCUUCUAAUAUUAUAAAUGCGAAAGUUUGUAAGGAUG